AUGGCUGGCUUGAUUCUGGAGUCCACACCUUUGACUUCCACUUCAGCUUUCCUCCAAAUAUUCCCUCCACGUUCAUCAGCAAAGUUGGCUCCAUCUCCUACCUUGUUCAAGGGACUUGCAGCAGCCGCCAAAUUGUCUUAGCUAAAGAGGAGAGAUGUUUACUGUUACAAGGAACUGGUGACCACAGAAGACACAUGAAAGACAUGGCCCCACUGGUGGUGGAAGUCAGGAAGGAUGUAGUUUAUUUCUGCUGCUUCAGUCAUGGCUCUGUGAUCCUUCGGAUUUCCCUGGAGAAAAGAGUAUUUUGCCCUGGAGAAACCAUUGUCUUCAUGACAGAUAUUGCCAACAGGACAUGCAAGUAUGUUAGAAAGGUCAUUUUUGCUAUAUACUGUAUCGUCCUGUAUAGAGGCUUCAGCAGCAGGGGAGAACAACGCUCCUUGGAAGAGCGAAGUGAAGUGACAAGGUUGGAGUCCCAGACAGACACGGCCCCCUUUGAGGCCAUGAGAGUUACCAGUGCGCUGGUUCUGCCAAAACCCAUGCCUGUCACCAGCACUCUCAAGGAAAAUAAAAUCGUGGCGUUCAGGUACGAGCUGGUAGGAACCUCUGAUGUUACUUGUGCCACAUCCACCAUCGUGGGCAGGGUGCCCAUCAUCAUAGCAGCCACACCAGAGCAUUUCUCUGUGGAGCAGAACACCGAGACUCUGCAUGAAAAUGAAUGUCACAUCUCAAAGAGGGAGAGCCUUCACAGAGACACUUCUGAGAUUGACCCAGGAGCAAUUGCCAGCAGAUCCACAGAAUAA